AUGUUGUCUGCUAGAACAGUGGUGAGAAACACUGGUGUCAGGAGACUGGCUACAGUCUCUAACUUGACUAGAGACUCUAAGGUCAACCAGAACUUGUUGGAGGACCAUUCUUUCAUCAAUUACAAGCAAAACAUCGAGUAUGUCGACAUAGUGAGAAAGAGGCUAGGCAGACCAUUGACCUACGCUGAAAAGAUCCUGUACGGUCACUUGGACGACCCACACGGACAACAGAUCGAGAGAGGUGUUUCCUAUUUGAAGCUAAGACCAGACCGUGUCGCAUGUCAGGAUGCUACCGCCCAAAUGGCCAUCUUGCAAUUCAUGUCCGCUGGCUUGCCAGAAGUAGCUAGACCAGUCACAGUCCACUGUGACCACUUGAUCCAAGCCCAAAUUGGUGGUGAGAAGGAUUUGAAGAGAGCCGUCGACCUAAAUAAGGAAGUCUACGACUUCUUGGCUUCUGCCUCCGCUAAGUACAACAUCGGUUUCUGGAAGCCAGGUUCUGGUAUUAUCCACCAAAUUGUUCUAGAAAACUACGCUUUCCCAGGUGCUUUGAUCAUCGGUACCGACUCCCACACUCCAAACGCUGGUGGUCUAGGUCAAUUGGCUAUCGGUGUCGGUGGUGCUGAUGCCGUCGAUGUCAUGGCUGGUCUACCAUGGGAACUAAAGGCUCCAAAGAUUUUGGGUGUUAAGUUGACCGGUAGAAUGAACGGUUGGACCUCUCCAAAGGAUAUCAUCUUGAAGUUGGCUGGUAUUACAACUGUCAAGGGUGGUACUGGUAAGAUCGUCGAAUACUUCGGUGAAGGUGUUGACACUUUCUCCGCCACUGGUAUGGGUACUAUCUGUAAUAUGGGUGCUGAAAUCGGUGCUACCACUUCCGUUUUCCCAUUCAACAAGUCUAUGAUUGACUACUUGAAGGCUACUCGUCGUGACAAGAUCGCCGAAUUCGCUCAAUUGUACCACAAGGAUCUAUUGUCCGCUGACCAAGGUGCUGAAUACGAUGAAGUCAUUGAAAUUGACUUGAACACUCUAGAACCAUACGUUAACGGUCCAUUUACCCCAGAUUUGGCCACUCCAAUCUCUAAGAUGAAGGAAGUUGCUGUCGAAAACAAUUGGCCAUUGGAAGUCAAGGUCGGUUUGAUCGGUUCCUGUACUAACUCUUCUUACGAAGAUAUGUCUCGUUCCGCUUCUAUCAUCAAGGAUGCUGCCUCUCACGGUUUGAAGGCUAAGUCCAUCUUCACAGUUACCCCAGGUUCUGAACAAAUUAGAGCCACCAUUGAACGUGAUGGUCAAUUGGAAACUUUCAAGGAAUUCGGUGGUAUUGUCUUGGCUAACGCCUGUGGUCCAUGUAUUGGUCAAUGGGACCGUCAAGACAUCAAGAAGGGUGACAAGAACACUAUUGUCUCUUCUUACAACAGAAACUUCACUUCCAGAAACGAUGGUAACCCACAAACCCACGCUUUCGUUGCUUCUCCAGAAAUUGUUACUGCUUUCGCCAUUGCCGGUGACUUGAGAUUCAACCCAUUGACUGACAAGUUGAAGGACAAGGAUGGUAACGAAUUCAAGUUGAAGGAACCAUUCGGUAACGGUUUGCCAGAACGUGGUUACGACCCAGGUGAGAACACUUACCAAGCUCCACCAAAGGACCGUAACGCUGUUGAUGUUAAGGUUGCUCCAACCUCCGACCGUCUACAAGUCCUAAAGCCUUUCAAGCCAUGGGAUGGUAAGGAUGCUCUAAACAUGCCAAUCUUGAUCAAGUCUUUGGGUAAGACCACCACUGACCAUAUCUCUAUGGCCGGUCCAUGGUUGAAGUACAGAGGUCACUUGGAAAACAUUUCUAACAACUACAUGAUUGGUGCUAUCAAUGCUGAAAACAAGAAGGCCAACAGUGUUAGAAACGUCUACACUGGUGAAUACAAGGGUGUUCCAGACACUGCCAGAGACUACAGAGACGAAGGUAUUAAGUGGGUUGUUAUUGGUGAUGAGAACUUCGGUGAAGGUUCUUCUCGUGAACACGCUGCUUUGGAACCAAGAUUCUUGGGUGGUUUCGCUAUCAUUACUAAGUCAUUUGCUCGUAUCCACGAAACUAACUUGAAGAAGCAAGGUUUGUUGCCAUUGAACUUCAAGAACCCAGCUGACUACGACAAGAUUAACCCAGAUGACAAGAUUGAUAUUCUAGGAUUGACCGAGCUUGCUCCAGGUAAGAACGUCACCAUGAGAGUUCAUCCAAAGAACGGUGAAGCUUGGGACUGUGAGUUGACUCACACUUUCAACAGCGAGCAAAUCGAAUGGUUCAAGUACGGUUCUGCUCUAAACAAGAUUAAGGCUGACAAAGCUUAA